GAUGCGCAGACAAACAGUUUAUCUGUGAGCUCUUCUUCCAGACCCGAUCCCGUGAAAGGACUGUGAACAAGUAGCUACUGCUCUGUCAGACAAGAAACUCUAAAUCAAUCGCCUAACAGACUCAUAAAAAUGUAACCAACUCGAGGAUUCAGCCAAGCGCGUUUAUUUUUACCGUCAGUCUCCAGCGAUCUCCAGUCAGAAACGUACAUUUUACCCGUUUAAAGCAGGCGAAAACACUACGAAACAAUGUGGAGAUCUUUCCUGCUUCUCGUUUCUCCUCUGCUGAUGUCUUUCUGCGGCGGUGUGUGUUUCGUGUGUCCGGAGAUCUGCCGCUGUUCUCAGAAGAGCAUCACCUGUAACAGCGCGACGGAAAACCUGAAGAGCAGAACUCACAGCAGACUAGUUUUGAACUACAUCUCAGUGAGAACCAUCAGCACUCACAGUUUCGACAGCCUGAAAGGAGUAAAAAGAAUAGAAAUCGCCCAAAGCACAUCAGUGGAAACCAUAGAGACGGAAGCAUUCAACAACCUUCUGAAUGUCUCAGAGAUCUCAAUCCAGAACACACGGAGCCUCGUUCACAUCCACAAGCGGGCGUUCAACCAUCUUCCCAAGUUGAGAUAUCUGAGCAUUUCCAACACCGGCAUAAGUGUAUUCCCUGACCUCACCUCCAUCUUCUCCCUGGAGUCCGAUUUCAUUCUGUAUAUUUGUGAUAAUCUCAAUCUGCGAUCAGUCCCACCGAACGCUUUCGUCGGAAUGACAAGUGAAUACACUACAAUGAAUCUCUUUAACAAUGGAUUUCAAGACAUAGAAAGCCAUGCCUUCAAUGGAACUAAAUUAGACAAACUGGUGUUAAAGAACAACAAAGAUCUGCGUGUGAUCAAUGAAGACGCUUUCAAAGGAGCUUUUGGCCCCACUGUGCUGGAUGUGUCAUCAACAGCACUUGAGACGCUGCCCUCUCAUGGUCUGGAGUCUGUGCUGAUGCUGGUGGCUCGUUCAGCGUUCGCUCUGAAGAGACUUCCUCCACUGAAGGGACUGAAGAGCCUGAGAGAGGCACAGCUCACGUAUCCCAGCCACUGCUGCGCUCUGCUCAGCUGGGACUCCAACAGGGAGGGAUCUGUUAUCAGUGCAUUAGGAAACGGAUCAUCAUACUGUGGUGACAACAAUUCACCAGCUAAUCCAUCUGAUGUCUCCUCUGAUGAUUCUCAAACACUUGAUGGUCCUCUUGCAUCUGAUAUCGUUGGAUCCACAUCAGUCGAGGAUACUUUUGGCACCAUGGAUUUCUAUUACCCAGAGCUGGACCUUUGUCAGCGCCGACCGGCUCUCCAGUGCAGCCCUGAGGCUGACGCUUUCAACCCCUGCGAGGACAUCGCCGGUUUCGGCUUCUUGCGUGUGGCCAUUUGGUUCAUCAACGUCCUGGCCAUCGCCGGCAACCUGACGGUGCUGCUUGUGUUAUUUACCAGCCGCUGCAAACUGACCGUCCCCAGAUUCCUCAUGUGCCACCUGGCCUUCGCCGACCUGUGCAUCGGCGUGUAUCUGCUAAUGAUCGCCACCGUGGAUCUCAGGACACGAGGGCAUUACAGUCAACACGCUAUAGAGUGGCAAACCGGAGUUGGAUGCGGGAUCGCCGGGUUUCUGUCUGUUUUUGGUGGAGAACUCUCCGUCUAUACGCUGUCAACCAUUACCGUUGAGCGCUGGCACACGAUCACACACGCUCUCCGGCUGGAACGCCGUCUGGGAUUGAGCCACGCUUCUGCGAUAAUGGUCGCCGGAUGGCUGCUCUGUCUAGGAAUGGCUGCACUCCCGUUAAUGGGUGUCAGCAGCUACAACAAAGUCAGUAUGUGUUUGCCAAUGGACAUCGAGACCCCCUUAUCCCAAGCUUACGUAAUACUCCUCCUGCUGUUUAACGUCGGUGCUUUCCUGGUGAUUUGCGGCUGUUAUGUGUGUAUUUACACCGCCGUUCGCAACCCCGAGUUCCCUGGACGCGCCGCCGACACUAAGAUCGCCAAACGCAUGGCUGUGCUAAUCUUCACUGAUUUUCUGUGCAUGGCACCCAUUUCGUUUUUCGCCAUUUCUGCGGCCUUCAAAGUCCCGUUAAUCACGGUGACCAAUUCUAAGAUCCUCCUUGUGCUUUUCUACCCCAUCAACUCGUGUGCAAACCCCUUCCUCUAUGCUAUCUUCACCAGGGCCUUUAGAAAGGACGCAUGCAUCCUUUUGAGCUCCAUGGGCUGCUGUGAGAGCCAAGCCAAUUUGUACCGAAUGAAGACGUACUGCUCGGAGAACAUCCACCGAAGCAAAAGCAGCUCCGGCUCCAAUGCAAACACCAAAGCUCCUCGUGCUGUCGUGUGGAUGUCCAGUUUUCCCCAUCUCACACCUCGAACGCAGAUGCAGCGAGUCUAGGGAAACAAGACAUUCAGGCUCAUUUAAUGCCAUGAUUUUCCUGGUGUUCUGCCCUUGAGCUGUGCUCAAUCUUAUCUGGGAAGAUGAUAUGCUUUUCAGAGGACAAUGCAACUCAUUUUCACUCUUAUCUCUCAAUGCAUUGACUUGCUUGAGUCUUUUGAGAGAGAAUAUAGUGACCAAAAAGCUAUUGUUAGUGGGUAAAUGCAUCAAAAAUGUGACAGUUUCUACAAGAUCUUGCUUUUUUACAGUGAGAUGGGAAGCUUCAGUUAUUUUCAGAACUCUUUACAUGCUACAAAAGCAUUUUAGCCUUUUGUUUUCUGAAUUCAAGCUGAUUAUUGUUUUACAUAAUUGCUGUAAAAAGUUUGAUUUGUCAUUUUAAGGUCUUUUAAUGUUUUCUUAUUUAAGUUAUACAUUUAAGUUAUGUAACUUAACUAGUUGCUGUCACUUAUUGUUGAAUAUUAUAUUCCAGUCUAUUUGGAGCUGUUGUUUUAUACCAUGGAAUAGCGCCACUUUGUGGACAAAUCCAACUAUUGUUUUAAAAACAUAAAUGAAGGUCGUUUUUUGUUACCAUGUAGUAUUUGUAGUUUAAUAAAAUUCAAGCAAAAUGUUUGC